GAAUUAGCUGAAGUAGACAAGCAGAAUAGUGACACAGACUGUGCUCUGGGGAACUCUUUUAUAUCUCCUGCCGAAGCAACCAGUAAACCCAAUCGUAACGACAAGUCUCUGGAAAAACAUAUGAAAUCUUUUGAAAAUCGGCUGCAGGUUUUAUCUAAAGAAUUUGCUGCGAAUAUGUCAACUGUAAACAACAUAUUGUUGGAACAUUCAAACGAGCUAAAGCAAAUUAAUAAUCCACAUCCAGAUAGUGAAUUAACAGCUUUAAAACGAGAAAAUCUUGAACUCAAAAACCAAAAUAAAGACUUAACCGAUCGAAUAAGUAAUUUCUGAUUUGCAAGGGAAAGCUAAAGUAGCUGAGGACGAAAAAGCCAGCCUAAUUACAUCUGUUCGGCUAUUGUGUAAUGAUUUGGGAAUCAGUCAACCAUCAAACGGCAAUUACCCUUUACAAGACAAUCGACCACCCGAAAAUAAUACCGAAGCGGAGCGUUAACAAUUUCGCAAUAACAUUUUAACCCAAAAUAGCCUCAGUGCACAAAGCACGGAAGAAAUAAAUUGUUCAAAGAAAAAAUCGUUGGAUUAUGAUCGAGUUGCAGGACCGGCUGUCCCAACCAGUAACCGUUUCUCCCAUUUGAGGGAAGAGGAAGCCAAUAGUUCCUGCUGAAAUAAAUGAAGUAAAUAAAAAUCUAAAUGGUCAUCGACAGAAGGAAAAUCAAUCUGAAAACAAACCAAAUAUCACCAUUGUUGGAGACUCAAUGAUUAAGAACAUUAACCCUCGUAAACUAUCAAGAAAACGGGUUAAUAAAUUCACGUUUCCAGGAAAAAGAGCGGAGGAAAUUGCAUUUGAAAUAAAGAAUAUAAAUGUUCAGUUACAUCCAACCCAUGUUAUUAUACACGCCGGGACGAACAAUCUACCAACCGACACAGGUGAUCAGUGUAUAAAGAACAUCAAAGGUUUGUGUUCUAGUAUUAAAGAAAAGUUUCCUAAGGCUAAAUUAGGUGUUUCAAGUAUCAUUUUAUGGAAAGAUAUUGAAGUAUCGAGUAAAAUGUAUCAAGUAAAUGAGGAUCUAAAACGUUUAUGUAAUGAAUCUGGCUUUUCUUUUAUUGACAAUUCAAUCAUAGAUGAAUCUGGACUUAAUAAUAGUAAAUUACAUCUGAGCGCAAAAGCAUCUGUUUUACUAGCUACACGCUUUAUUAAAUUUUUAAACCCUGAUAAACAAUUAAAUGAACAACCAGUAGGAAACCAUGCAUGUACCUUCUGAAAAUUUUCUCGGAGAUCUGCUAAAUCUGGCUGUCUUAACUCAGACAUCUAUGUCUCAAAGAAGACGAACUCGUUAAAUGAUAAUUAUCCCAAUACUAAUAGUAAUGUAUUGUAUCCUCUAAGUAUAAUUGCUAAAUCAAAAGGAUUUUGAAUGUAAAUAGUCUUUUGAAACAUAUCGAUGAGAUUCGAGUGAUUUUAGAAAAAAAUCCGCUGGAUGUCCCAGCUAUAAAUGAGUCUAAAAUAGAUGACUCUAUUUCUGACAAUGAGAUCAAAAUACCAGGAUACGCUUUGUGCCGAAAGGAUCGUAAUAGAAAUGGUGGGGGUGUCGUGUUGUAUAUCAGAGACUGCUUUUCAUUAAUAGAGCGGAAAGAACUGAUUCCUAAUCAGCUUGAGAUGGUGUGCAUUGAAAUCUGCCGUAAAUACGGUAAACCUUUCUUAAUUAGUGCUUGGUACAGGCCACCAAAUUCAAACAUAGAUCUAUUUGACAGUUUUGAAAUGUUUAUUAACAAAUGUGAGAUAGAAAGUAAACAGCGAUCUAAAUUGUGACUGGAAUAAGACGCCGUUGGACAGUCAUACGCAAAGACUAAAAAAUAUAUGUGUGUUGUAUCAACUUAGUCAAAUUAUUGAUGAACCAACGAGGGUGACUAAGUCUUCAGCAACUCAGAUUGACCUAAUUCUGGCCAAUAAUCCCGAAAGCAUCUCCAAUCAUGGAGUAAUUGAAAUUGGGAUUUCAGAUCAUAGUUUGAUUUAUGCUGUUAAAAAACUAGUUCCUUUAAAAGGACAGAGAACAUGUAGUGAAGUUCGAAAUUUUAAAAACUUUAAUGAAAGGUUAUUUUUGCACGAUUUGUCUAGGAUCCCCUGGGAUUAUGUCAAUCAAUUUAAUAACCCGAAUGAUAGCUGGCAAGUCUGGAAGUCCUUCUUUAUAGAAGUACUUGAUAGACACGCGCCAAUUCUGAGGAAGUAUAUUAAAACUAAAAGAAUUCCAUGGCUAAAUGCCUCUAUUAAGCAACUAAUGAGGCAAAGAGAUUUUCAUAAAAUGAUGUUUAAAAAAAUCAAUUCUGAGAUGCAUUGGGAAAAGUUUAAAACCAUUAGAAAUAAAAUUAAUGCUGAAAUCUUAAAGCUAACUAUUUCAAUACUAAAAUAUCUGAGUGUCUUCAGCAUAAGAACGUAA